AUGCAAGAUUAAUUUCUAAACCCUAUCUAUUUGUCACCUCAUCAAUUAGUAGAUCUCUUUAAUAACUCUUAACCUGACAUCAAAUUUGAAGAUGAAUCCAAAAUUGUUUCUAAAAACAAUCUCGAUUCACCACCUGAAUAAACACAAGAAUUCAGUUUCUCUGAAUUUCAAUAAAUUAAUUCUAAUAACUCAAUUCCUGAUAAUAAUAUUGAUACAACCAAUUUUAUAUUAACAAAAGAUUAAUAUGUAUAACUCAUUUCCCAAAUUGAAUUGAAUAAGAGACUCAACUAAUAAUAUCAUCAAUUACUCAAAGAAAAUUAAGAACAAUUACAAAAACGUAAAUAACUUGAAGAUUAAAAUUCAGAAAUGUUAGAUUCCAAUUUCUAAAUCAAAAGAGAGAUUUAAGAAAUUAAACAAAAACUAUUUAUUACAUAAAGUGCUUUGUAAUUACGCAAAGAUAAAUAGAUAAUAGAACUUAAAAGUUAAUUAAAAGAAUUAUAACAUAAAUUAUCUGAAAAAAGAGAUACUCUUUAAUCAACUACUUAUACUGAAAACAGUACUGUUGAAUCUGAAAAAUCUAAUUCAUAAUAUUGCAAUACAAGUAGAUUAGUUCGAGUGGAUCAAAGUUCCUCACAUCAUUAAUCAAUUAAGCCUUAUAAGAGUAGAAACAAUUCAUUAAUCAAAUUAAUCAAGAACUGA